GGAGCGUCAGCGUCUGUUGUCUGUCAAGAUCCCGCCGCGCGUCGUCACACGCAUCAGUACAGGUUUCAACGUCUCUCGGAUCAGGUCCCAGAUCAGCACUCCAGCGCUAUGAUAAGCGGCUGCCGCCUCGUCGUCACCAUUGCCAUCGCCCUCGUCUCGCUGGGAGCUGCUCGAGCAGCCUACGCCGAUGAGUGCAGCACCCCCGAUGGCGACCAGGGCCGCUGCAUGCCCUUCUCCUCCUGCCGGAACAUCGAGGAGCGGCUCAUGGAGAGCCAGAAGGCCGGGCAGAAGGUGCCGCCCGAGUAUGCCAGCUAUUUGCAGAAGGCAACAUGCGGGGAGUUCAAUGGGGUGCGUCACUUUUGCUGCGCCUCGUCCCAGAUCCAGCACAAUUCCAAGGUGAUGAGCCUGUUCAAGUCCGAGAACUUUGACUGCGGAAACUUUGUCAGCCACCGGGUGUCCAAUGGAUACGAGGUGAAGCUCUCCUCCAGACCUUGGAUGGCCCUGCUCCGCUACAAUCGUUUUGGAGAGUCGCAGUUUCUUUGCGGCGGAGCCCUAAUCUCGGAGAGUAAGAUAUAUUUAACUGCUGCCCACUGCGUGUCUGGACUCGAGGAUGAACUCUACGAAAUCCGCCUGGGUGAACACCGGAUCUCCACGGAAAAGGACUGCCGGAAUCAAGGACGCAAGCCCAAGUGUGCUCCACCGGUGGUGGAUGUGGGCAUUGAGAAGCAUUUGAUCCAUGAGCAGUACGAUACCCGACACUAUCUGAACGAUAUAGCCCUGCUGCGCCUCAAUCAGAGUGUCACCUUCCAGAAGCACAUCAGUCCCAUUUGCCUACCUGUCACCGAUGAGCUGAAGCAGAAGGCGGAGGAGAUCAAUACAUACUUCGUUACUGGCUGGGGCACCACGGAGAACGGCUCCACCUCGGAUGUGCUCCUCCAGGCGAAUGUGCCGCUGCAGCCACGAACUGCCUGCUCCCAGGCCUAUCGGCGCAACGUUCCUCUCUCCCAGCUCUGUGUGGGCGGCGGCGAUCUCCAGGAUUCCUGCAAAGGCGACUCCGGUGGUCCCCUGCAGGCGCCUGUCCCCUACCUGGGGCAGUUUGCCCCACGAAUGGUGGAGUUUGGGAUCGUUAGCCAGGGCGUGGUCACCUGCGGUCAGAUCAGUCUGCCGGGCCUGUACACCAAUGUGGGGGAGUUUGUCCAGUGGAUCACUGACACCAUGGCCAGUAAUGGCCUCUGAGAGGAGGAGCAGGAGUCAUCAUAAUUGUUAGAAAGCGCACCUAGGAUUAGUCAAGCCUAAAAAAAUAUAUGAUAUGCAUAUGUGUUAACUUA